AUUCCCACAAUUUUCUUUGCUAGUACACUUCCAAAAAGUGUCCCAAAAAAAUAAAAUAAAAAUGAAGAGAAACAUAAUUUUUUCUUUAAUCUUUUUAUGGUCUUUGUUAAUUUUUAGUUUAGUCACCUUCUCUGUGGAUGCAAGGAAGACUAACAUGAAGAAAAAACUUCACAAACAUCACAAAGACUCACAUCCUCAUCCAACACAAGUAAACACUUAUGAUAUUAUGUCUUUUGGUGCAAAGGGCAAUGGAGUUUCUGAUGAUUCAGAGGCAUUUCUAGCUGCAUGGAAAUCUGCAUGCAAAGUUGCUGGUGCCACAAUAAAAGUUCCUGAAAAACUAAAGUUCCUCAUUAAGGCUAUUACUCUACAAGGCCCUUGUAUGCCUAAUCUUACUCUUCAGAUAGAUGGAACAAUAUUGGCUCCUCCUCAAGUAUCUUCAUGGCCAAAAUCUAGCUUGUUUCAAUGGAUAAAUUUCAAAUGGGUGCAGAACUUCACUGUCAAAGGCUAUGGAACUAUUGAUGGUCAAGGCUUUAAUUGGUGGAACAACUCAGAACUUUCUGAUAUACAGAAAACUCACUCUAAACAAAUUCCAAGUAUGAAGCCAACUGCUAUAAGAUUCUACUCUAGCAACUUUAUAAGGGUUAGAGAUACCAAAAUCAUAAACAGUCCUCUAUGCCAUCUAAAAUUUGAUAACUCAAAUGGAAUCAAAGUUGAUAACAUUACAAUAUCUUCCCCUCAAAGUAGCCCAAACACUGAUGGAAUUCACCUGCAAAACACACAUGAUGUAGAAAUUCAACAUUCUAAUAUCGGAACCGGUGAUGACUGUGUGUCCAUACAAACUGGUUGCUCUAAUGUUCAUGUCCACCACAUAAAAUGUGGCCCUGGUCAUGGCAUAAGUUUAGGAGGAUUAGGAAAAGACAAGAGUUUGGCAUGCGUCUCUGACAUCAUUGUUGAGGAUAUUGCAAUGAAAAAUACUCUAUAUGGAGCAAGGAUCAAAACAUGGCAGGGAGGAAAUGGUAUGGUUAAAAAUGUAACAUUUUCAAGAAUCAAAGUCCAUGAUGUUAUGUAUCCAAUAAUGAUAGACCAAUACUAUUGUGACAAACAAAUCUGCAAGAACCAAACAGGAACAGUGAUGAUUUCUGGUGUUAAAUUUGAUCAAAUAAGUGGUACUUAUGCAAUGCAACCUAUUCACCUAGCUUGCAGCAAUAGCAUACCAUGCACAGAUGUUGAUUUAACUGAUAUUCAGUUGAGGCCUUCCCUUAAAUAUAGAGGUUAUGAACAAGCUAUGUGUUGGAACUCUUAUGGAAAAUCACAAGGUGAAUUGGUACCUUCAAGUAUUGAUUAUUGUUUAAGAAGUGGUGGUGGAUUAAUCAAGAGGAUAGCAAAGUCACAUGAUAGUGUUUGUUAUAAAUUGUUAUAGAUGUCAUGUUUAAUUAGUCUUGGGGUUUUUUUGGUAUCUUCCCUUCUUCAAAUGUUUUUUUUUUUACUUUGUGAAGGUGAUGAAGUUGUAAAUUUUAGUUUGUUUUCUGUUCAUUGGAUUGUACUAAUAGACUUAGUUUAUUUGUUGGGUGUUUAGAGAAAACAGAUAUUUGGGUAUAUUUAGUAGGAGUUGGGUUUACUUUAUUUAGUUUUUUUGAAAAAGAAAUCAUCAAUGAAUGUUGAUGUUAUUUGCUGGGUAUUUAUACAUUUAAUUGAGACCCAUCCAUU